AUGCCAGCCCGAUCUCUCCUCCGCCUAGCUACGGCCAUGGCAAUUCGUCAUGUUAAAGUUCUCGAUAAUUUGGGCAGUCUUCCUUAUGCCCUCGCACGUCCUAUCCUCCUCAAAGUCGACAACCCCCAAAAACUACAUGCCCUCGAACUUGCCUCCCCCCAGUUUGCAGACCACGACAAGGAACUAUGGAUCGAAUUUAUAAAGCGCGAUAUCCCCAGCUGGGACCAAUACGAACUACCUGAAGAAUCCAAUGAUUGGUAUCAGGUGUACUGCGAUCUCGGCGAACAAGUCGAGCGAUCUCUCGAGGCCGAUGCUGAGAAAAUGAAGAUGGCUCUCGAUGGCAUCACCAACCAGCGCGCCCGUCUCACCCCCAAGAUCCUCCCCCAAGGCAAAAGCGCGCACAUGGCCGGAGCACGACCCAGCACAAAACAACGCUAUGCAUCCUGGGACCGCAAGAUGGGUGGCAUCAAGCCCGUCCACGAUCCCACAAGCUGGAUUUUCAAUGCUCCAAGUCUUCCAAGAGAAGGAGGAGUCUCCAAGAAGAAGAGCAUCUUUGCACCACAGAAGCGCAAUAGCGCGCUGUCUGUCCCCAGCAAACAACUCAACAGCCGAGCUUCACAAGUCACCCGUGCCCCCCAAUCCCUAGUUGAAGACCACCGUCGCCCCGAGCCCACACCGGCAGCCAAGAUGAAAAGCAACCCUGCCAUGAUUGGAUCCCGCCAACCUUCCGCUGCACCCAUUAAGCAACCCUUGCUGCCAGUCCGAGGGGUCAGAGAGGACCGACUACGGGCCUUGACUUCAGGCAAAUCAGUCCCGCCGUCCGCUGGCAAAAAGGCACCGGCGGCGAAGUCUGAUCUCAAGCGCCCUGCCUCUCCUCCGUCUGUCAGCAAGGCACCCACCUCUUCUCACGACUCUUCCUCCUCCCGCCCGUUAUCAUCCGGGUCUCCUGCUCCUCGUCCGACCGUCAUGCGCCGGCGCCAAGAGCCGAGUAUAUUUAUGCCGGCGAAACGAAAGCGCGUGUCUUGA